AUGCCCUCUUGGCCCAAUCGGUCGCAGUGCCUCUCCCAUAGUAACUGCAGCUGGGAGGAGACCCACAAUGCCACAUGGGACGCUGACUUCGGCCUUCCUCCUCUCAACUACUACUCCAUCCCUCUCCUCACUGUCAUCACCAUCGCUUGCACGCUGCUCUUUCUGGUCGGUGUUGCCGGAAAUGUCAUGACUAUUUUGGUGGUGAGCAAAUACCGAGACAUGCGCACUACUACUAACUUGUACCUGUGCAGCAUGGCCGUCUCAGACCUGCUCAUCUUCCUCUGCAUGCCCCUGGACCUGUACCGGAUGUGGAGAUACAGGCCUUGGCGCUUUGGUGACGCGCUCUGUAAGCUGUUUCAGUUCGUGUCAGAGUCGUGCACCUACUCCACCAUCCUCAGCAUCACUGCUCUGUCCGUGGAGCGCUACCUGGCGAUCUGUUUCCCGCUGCGCGCCAAGGCCGUGGUGACCAAAAGGCGAGUGCGUGGACUUAUUCUCCUCCUGUGGACAGUGUCCCUUCUGAGCGCGGGGCCUGUGUUUGUCAUGGUGGGAGUGGAGCGUGACACAAUGGGUGUGCCAGGGAUGAAUGAGACUGGUUCAACCCUGGAGGACGGGGACACACGAGAGUGUAAGAUGACGCAUUACGCAGUGGAGUCAGGGCUGAUGGGGGCCAUGGUGUGGUUGAGCUCGGUUUUCUUCUUCAUGCCAGUGUUUUGCCUCACGGUACUCUACAGCCUUAUAGGCCGCAGGCUGUGGCAGAGACACAGGGAGACGAACAUAAACUCUCGCGUGGCACACAGGGACAAGAGCAACAGACAGACCAUCAAGAUGCUGGUGGUGGUCGUCCUAGCUUUCGUCUUAUGCUGGCUGCCGUUCCACGUGGGUCGCUACCUGCAGUUUCGUUCCUUGGACGCCCCCUCCCCUCUGCUGUCCGUGUUGUCUGAGUACUGCAGUUUCGUAUCUGUGGUUCUCUUCUACCUAAGCGCCGCCAUCAAUCCCAUCCUCUACAACACCAUGUCCUGGAAGUACAGGGGAGCUGCAGCGCGCCUCUUUGGCCUCGCAGACACCCAGCCUCAACGAGGACGCACAGCCAGCACCUUGAAGGGAGACGGCUCGAACGGCUGGACGGAAUCAACAGUCAGUUAUUGA